UUUUGAAACAUGGACGCGCCGAUAAAGCGGACAAUUUUUGAACUGAUUAAAAGUAAUGAAGAUAAUUUGACAUUUAAAUUAAUAAUAUUUGCUAAAAUAAAUUCAACUGAAGCAGUACUUGACUUAUUCACCAACACAGUAAAAAAAUAUCCGCCUGAUGUAAUCACAGGCUUAUUACUCGUGCAUUCAAAAUACAUUUUAUGUUUAAUUGAGUCUCUGGAAAAUAUCAUCUACGAAUUUUCUUUGAAUCUUUUAAAUAACGACCGAUCAAAUAUUUUAGAAGUAUGUAGACAUUUUCCAAUUCACUUCACCGACACUGGUCGUUUUUUUUCUCAGUGGUAUUCGAAAGAAAUCUCUUGGAGUAAAUUAUCAGUAGGGAAUUCAGCAGAUGAUUUUGAAAAUGUCAAAAAAAUUUAUAAAAAUGUCAUUGAAAAUAUUUACAAGUUCUACUGGGAAUUGAAGUCUGCAGAUGUUCUGGAAGAACAAUUAGAGCUUUUGUCUAGAGAAGGAAGUGUCCAUCUUCCAAGUAUUGAUACCAUGGAAUUAUUGAUAAGUAAUUCAUGGGGCUGCGAUUUAAAAAAAUUAGUUGACAAUUAUUAUGGUAAUUUAGAACCUGAAGAAGACGAUGUUUGGCCUGUUCAAAAAAUUCAAACUCCAUCAUUUGAUGAUUUUCAUAAUCGUCGCAAUAAAUUAUAAUUUAUUUAAAAUAUUUAUUUUUUAAGCUGCUUUAUUAAGUUUAGAUAAUUCUUAUUUAUUUACGUUUUUGUAUUUUACGUACUUGAAAAAAAAGUAAACAUAUAUACAUGUGUGUGUGUGCGUAAAUUAUAUAAAAGAAUGAGAAUGUCAUGAAUGCGCAGUUGAAAGUUGUUAUGAAGUUAUUUAAGAAAAAUAAAUAAAUGUCUUGAUUUUCAUAAAAUGAAUGAAAAGUGAGUUAAUUUUUCAGUGUUAAAUAUCAAAAUAUAAAUUUCUAAAUGUCUUAUACAUAAAUAUGAAAAUAUAUAGAAUGUUUUGAGCGGGAAUUAAAAUGGAUUCAAAUAAAAAUCACGCUGUCGCUGGUGCUAUCAGUGGAUUUAUGACAAGACUGAUAUGUCAACCUCUCGAUGUCAUAAAAAUAAGAUUUCAGUUACAAGUCGAGCCGAUAUCUCGUCGACAUGUAAGUAAAUAUCAGUCAUUAUUCCAAGCAACGUCAACGAUUAUCCAUGAGGAAGGUCUUCUAGCUCUGUGGAAAGGGCAUGUACCUGCUCAAUUUCUGUCAAUAACUUAUGGUAUGGCUCAGUUUUAUAGUUACCACAAACUGAUGGAGCUGAUGACAAAUACAAGAAUAAGUAACUGGCAGUUCUCAAUGAAUUUUAUUGCUGGUGCAACGGCUGGUAGUAUUGCAACAAUUGCUUCAUUUCCCUUUGAUAUCGCAAGAACCAGAUUAGUCGCGCAAUCUUCCAACCACAAGAUUUACACCGGGUUAUUUAAUUGUUACGCGACAAUUUUAAAGACUGAGUCAGUGAGAACUCUAUUUCGUGGACUUUCACUAACUUUAUUGCAAAUAGCUCCACAUACUGGACUACAAUUUCUCUUUUAUAAUAUAUCAAAAAAAUUAUACAAAAGAUUAAAGCCUGAUACCGAUAUAACAGCUACCAAUUCAUUGGUAUCUGGUAGUAUCGCUGGAUUGUUGUCAAAAACUGCGAUAUAUCCAAUGGAUUUGGCGCGCAAACGCUUGCAGAUCCAAGGAUUCGAACACGGCAGAGUUGGGUUCGGUAAAUUUUUCCAGUGCGGUGGUUUGAUUGAUUGUUUUGUCCGUAUUGUCAAAGAAGAAGGCGUACUGGGUUUAUUCAAAGGAUUACUUCCUAGUCAAGUGAAAGCCACCGCAACAAGUUCUUUACAUUUUACAUUUUAUGAACAAGCUCUACAACUACUGAGAUUUGUACAUUAAUUUAUUAAUAUAUUCAUACAUAUAUAUAAUAAUUUAUAUAAUUUAAGUCAAAAGUUAGUUAUAAAAUUAGUUAUAUAAAUCGACUAGACGAUAAUUUUUUUAUCGGUAAUGUAAAUAAUUAGCCAUCGUUUUAAAUCAACAAAUGUUUGAACGAAUUGACGGACAAACGAUGGCAUUUAAUAUAAAUAUAUGUGUGUAUUUAUUAUUGACAUUAAA